AUGUUGUACAGAAACAGGUCCCAGUCGACAACCUCUCUCUCCGACGUCGAUGCCGACGACGACGAUGCAAACCGCUCAACUUUCUUCGCCUCCCCCGACCCCGUCGUCGCCUCUCCCGCGCAAUGGCACUCGCGCCUCCACCUCCUUCCCUCUCACCCACAUACGCACGCCCGUUCCCCCGCAUCCCAUCUUCCCCCCGAAAUCCUCAUACAUAUUCUCAAGCAUCUUCACUCACCCAGGGACCUGCACAGCACUCUUCUUGUCUCCCGCGCGUGGUGUGAAUGCUCCGUCGAACUUCUAUGGCACAAGCCUUCCAUCCCCGAUUAUACCACUGUAAUCAAGAUCAUGCGCGUCCUCGCCCGCAAUGACCAAACUUUCACAUACGCUCAAUUUAUACGUCGACUCAACUUCCUCUCCGUUGGUCCGGACCUCACCGAUCUGGUCUUUGGCCGCCUCGCUCAGUGCACCCGCCUCGAACGUAUCACCCUCCUCAACUGCAGCUCCCUCACAGACACUGCGCUCGCACGCGUAUUGCCUUGUUUCAAAAGUCUCGUUGCCAUCGAUCUUUCUGGAGUCUCGGAAAUCACGGACAGAACGAUGCUCGCUCUUGCAGCGAACUGCCGCAAACUCCAAGGCAUCAACCUGUUCGGCUGCAAGAACGUCACGUCUGUUGGGAUCCUUGCUCUUGCCGAUAACUGCCAUCUUCUACGCCGUGUCAAAAUGAGCAACUUAUAUCAGCUCUCUGAUGAGCCUGUCUCAGCUCUCUCCAUCAAGAGCCCACUGCUUCUUGAAAUCGACUUGAACGGAUGUAGACAUAUCACCGAUGUCGCUGUACGCGACCUUUGGAUGCAUUCGCACUAUAUGCGGGAAAUGCGUCUGUCGCAUUGCGUUGAGCUCACUGACUCUGCCUUCCCUGCGCCCCCUCUAGCGUACGACCCCUCUCCUUCAACGCAACCACCAAACAACCCAUUCCCCCAAUCCUCGGCCGUCAAGCUUUCCCAGGAACUCCCAUCCUUACGACUCAACCGACCUUUUGAACAUCUACGGAUGCUUGAUCUCACGAAUUGCUCACACAUCACAGACGAUGCCAUAGAUGGCAUCGUAGCCUGCGCACCUAAAAUUCGAAACUUGGUUCUCGCUAAGUGCAGUAAUCUGACAGAUCAUGCUGUUGAGAGCAUAUGUCGACUUGGGAAGCAUCUGCACUAUCUGCACCUGGGACACGCGACCGAAAUAACCGACCGCUCAGUAACAAUGCUUGCUCGCUCAUGCGCACGCUUGAGGUAUAUUGAUCUCGCGAAUUGCUUCCGUCUUACGGAUAUGUCUGUAUUCGAGUUAUGCAGCCUGCAAAAACUUCGGCGGAUUGGGCUUGUACGCGUCAGCAAUAUAACGGAUGAGGCUAUAUAUGCGCUCAGUGAUCGGCACGCCACGCUCGAGCGUGUCCACCUUUCAUACUGUGACCAGAUCACAGUUUUGGCCAUUCAUUUCCUCCUCCAGAAGUUGCAUAAACUCAAUCAUCUGAGUUUGACUGGUGUGACAUCAUUUCGGAGACCCGAGCUACAGAAGUUUUGCCGACCGCCUCCACCAGACUUUAACACCACGCAACAACAAGCAUUCUGCGUAUUUUCUGGCGACGGCGUCGGCAAACUCCGCGAAUAUCUACUGGUUCUUUUC